AUGCGACAACAACAGAAUCCUAUGAGACAACCUGAUACCCAGUCUGAUGUGCUUAAUCAAUUCAUGACUGAAACGCGGUCUUCUAUUAGAAAUUUGGAGAACCAGAUUGGGCAAUUGGCUACUCUUAUGGCAAACCGUGCUCAAGGUAACCUUCCUAGCACCACUGAAGUCAAUCCAAAAGAAGAGUGCCAGGCUAUUACAUUGAGAAGUGGGAAGAAAUAUGAAGAGCCAAGUGUGGAGCAAUCAGAUGAAGACAAGGUUCAGGAUCAACAAGCACAGGGCACAGUGGAAAAGAAGCAAGGUGAAAACAAGGUUACUGAAUACCUCCCAACCAAAGAAGCUACACCACAAGUGAGCAUAGAUCACCACAUCAAGAUUCCCUACCCACAAAGGCUCCACAAGAACAACCUUGAUAAGCAAUUCUCAAAGUUCCUUGAAAUAUUCAAGAAACUACAUAUCAAUAUCCCAUUUGCGGAGGCCUUGGAGCAAAUGCCAAUGUAUGUUAAAUUCAUUAAGGAUAUUUUGGCCAAGAAAAGGAAGUUGGAGGAAUAUGAGACAGUAGCACUUACUGAGGAGUGCAGUGCAAUCUUGCAGAAGAAACUACCUCGCAAGCUUAAAGAUCCAGGUAGUUUCAAUAUUCCAUGUUCUAUAGGGGGCUCAGUCGAAACAAAAGCUUUAUGUGAUUUAGGGGCAAGUUUGAAUCUAAUGCCUCUAUCUAUUUUUCGAAGGCUAAAAUUGGGAGAAGCUCGCCCUACAACAGUUUCCUUACAGAUGGAUGAUCGCUCCAUUAAACAUCCUCGUGGAGUGAUAGAUGAUGUCUUGGUGAGGGUGGGUAAAUUUAUUUUCCCCGCUGAUUUCAUAAUUCUUGACAUGGAGGAAGAUGCAAACAUUCCCAUUAUUUAG